GAAUCCAUCAAUGUUAUAAAGAAUUCUCCGGUUUCUUGCAUCGUUCGAAUCAUGGCAAAUUCGAUAGAGCAUCUACCAGCUGAGCAAAAGACUGCAUUUGUACGUGGCCACCGUCGGACUCCCAGUGACAUUGAGUUCAAGGAGCUGACCCGUAGAGAUGCUCAGAAUGCCAUGAACAAGGAGCUGCAGAAGCUUGUCCAGACAGCUGAUGGUGGAACAAAAGACAAAAUCCGGACAGAGUUUGAUGGUUUUGAAGGACUGUUUGCUCGCUUCCUCAGUGAAUCCGGUCCAUCAGUCAUCUGGGAUAAGAUCAAGCAGCUGUCUGAUGAUACAGUGCGGCGCUAUGGUGGUCUCCCAACACCGGAUCCUGCCAGGAUUAAGGAACUCCUCAACCAGCUUGUGGUCGUCAAGCUUAAUGGCGGCCUCGGCACCGGAAUGGGAUGUAAAGGACCAAAGAGUGUCAUCUCUGUCCGAAAUGAACUCACUUUCCUUGAUCUGACUGUACAACAAAUAGAGCAUUUAAACAAAACAUACAACACAGAUGUUCCACUAGUAUUGAUGAAUUCCUUCAACACCGAUGAUGAUACGGCGAAGGUGCUGAAGAAGUACGGACAGGUGAAAGUCAGUAUCUACACCUUCAACCAAAGCAGGUAUCCAAGGAUCAACAGAGAGUCCCUGUUGCCUAUUCCCCUGAACUUUGGAGUUGAGAGUCAGGACGGGUGGUACCCUCCUGGUCACGGAGAUGUCUACCUCAGCUUCUACAACUCCGGGCUGUUGGAUGAGUUCAUAAAGGCAGGGAAGAAGUAUGUGUUUGUUUCCAACAUCGACAACCUGGGUGCAACUGUCGACCUCAAUAUUCUUAAUUUCCUUCUGAACCCGGAGAGACGGCCUACGCCAGAGUUUGUGAUGGAGGUCACCGACAAAACCAGGGCAGAUGUCAAGGGUGGGACACUGGUAGAAUAUGAAGGCAAGACAAGGCUUCUGGAAAUUGCCCAGGUCCCCAAGGAACAUGUUGAUGAAUUCAAGAGUGUAAGCAAAUUCAAGAUUUUCAAUACAAAUAACUUAUGGAUGAAUCUAGAUGCUAUCAAGAGGAUUAUAGAAGAGAAAACACUACACAUGGAGAUCAUUGUCAACCCAAAGACUCUCGACAAUGGCACCAAUGUUAUUCAACUGGAGACAGCUGUUGGAGCUGCCAUCAAGAGCUUUGAAGGAGCUAUAGGUAUAAACGUGCCGAGGAGUCGGUUCCUUCCCGUGAAGACAUCCUCGGAUUUGCUGAUAGUAAUGAGUAACCUGUACAACAUGAAGACAGGGGCCCUGGAGAUGAGCCCCAAACGUUGUUUCCCCACCGUGCCCCUGGUCAAACUUGGAACACACUUUACAAAGGUUAAGGACUUCUUGUCCCGGUUCUCCAGCAUUCCCGACAUAAUGGAGCUGGAUCACCUCACAGUGUCGGGCGAUGUCACCUUCGGCAAGAAUGUCAGCCUAAAGGGAACGGUCAUCAUCAUAGCGAACCAUGGUGAGAGGAUAGACAUCCCAACUGGUGCCAUCUUGGAAAAUAAGAUAGUAUCCGGCAACCUCCGUAUCCUCGACCAUUAAGAUGAAGAAUUAGAAUUAUUGUUUUUGAUGGCACUACCAUGCUAAGCCUAUAAGUGUGCAAAUUGUAUAUAAUGUCAACUGUCCAUACACUUUCAACAGAUAAGAUAUCCAGUGUUGUGUGAAAAUGGGUUCUUGGAUAAAUUAUACAAAUGGGGUCAGUUUGGGUAUCAUUUUUAAUCACAUUUCACUUAUAAGUGGAUUUAGGGAGUGAAAAUAUAACAAUGUAAUUGUUAGCAUGAGUUUGUUGUGUGGUUGUUUUGGAAAGAAUGUUUAUGAAUAUAUGACAGUACAUUGGUGUAAUAAACCAGAUGAGCUUGUAAUAUAAUAUAGAGAUAGAAUCUCUCCAAGGUGUCUAACAAAUAUGACUAUAUUCCUCCCUCACAUAAUGAGAUCAAGAAAACCAUUUCUCAAUAAAAGCAGUCAAACAGGCUUUAGAAUAUUUGUAACACUCUAUGUAACAUGGUUACAUAAAUUUGACAAGUCAUACGACUGCCUUUGAAGUAUGGACAAUCUAGGCAUAAAACCGAUUUCUACAAGCUUAACCCCCAAACUGUAUAUCGCUCUGAAAGAAUAUCACGUUAUUAUUGACUCUCAUAAUCAUAUGAAAUAUUGUUGUUUUCAUGGCCAAAUGAGCAGAAAUGUAUUGACCAUACUCCAUGUAACCGGUGUAUGAAAUAAGCCAAUAACCCAGCCAGAGAUCGUAACUGCAAUAUGUUACCAGCCCAAAAUGGAUUUAACCAGACCAAAUAUGGUGAAUUUACUCAGAUGUAUGGAACAUCUAAAAUUUAGCCAUCAGGGCCCCGUUCCUCAAAGCAAUCGUAGCGCUACGACAGUCGUAAGUCUAUGUUAAAGUAUGGGAGUUACGACUGUUGUAGCGCUACGAUCGCUUUGAGGAACGGUGCCCAGGGGUGGCUAGCUGUAACUUUAGACCAUCCGUCAGACAUCUAGACCGUCUCGGUCGGGCGGUCUGACGGGCCUUAUUUCAUACACUGAUGUAACAGGUGAGAAUUGGAGGCUAUUUAUAUCCUUAUAUCAAGAGUAUUCAGAAGCACAAUCAUGCAAAUUAACAAAUGUAUAUUUACAACUGACUUGGCAUUACAUGAAGGUAGUUUAUUUCGGGGAAAUUGUAAGUAUGAAAUAAUAGGAACAAGUGUGACAUGAAGCCUUCCACACAAGGGGUAGUCUGUUGGAGAUGUUUGGUAGAGUUGUUUGGUAGCUGUUUCAGAGGAUCUAGUCCGGACUUUCCUAUAGAAACACUCCAUGAUCCUUGCAGUUCUUUCUCAUGACAGUGUUACCCUGUAACAUACAAUAUCUGUAUUAUUUUACACUGAAUUUACAUGUAUUUGUAGAUUCCUUUAAACUGUGUUCCAUGUCAGGCUGUGUUUAUCACAAAUGUCUCAUAUACAGAUAUUUUCUUCCCGGUUGAAGAUGUGCUAGUAUUAACAGAACUAUCUCUUCACACGUUCUAAUUGCACCUUUUUAGAACUAUCUGGAAUGUCUUACCAGAAUUUCCUAAAUAUCCCUUUUCUUUAUUGUUCUGCAAUAUUUAUUCAUCAGGUUAUAAAAUAUACAGCUGUUUUACCAUGAAAGUCGGUUUCAUUGGUUGAUCUCUCCUUUCAAGAUUACAUCUGUAAAGCCCAUGUGUUACCAGUAAUUAAUGCUCUGCUGAUACUUCAGUCACCGUAUUUCCUCUACCAGACACCCAGGUGUCUAUUAGUGUAGGGCAAGCUGUAAACAAUGAGCCUCGUUCAUGCUAGUCCAGUUGCAACUCACAACCCGGUAACAGUAAAUUCUAGAUAUGCAGCUGCUGAAAAUCACCUUAUUAAAUCACUAACUUAUCAUCAAAUGAUAGACCCAGUGUCUAAUAGAGGAAAUGUGGUAUUUAGACAUAUCGGAGGGUUGCAGUUUGAUGUGUGCAUACAUGUUAUAAAGCGUACCGACUUAUUUCUUGAACAUACUUGUUCUUUACAACAAUAUAUAUAAUAAACACCCCAUGUUUUAGCAUGUAAAUUAAGUUGACUAUCGUUCUUUUAUUUCUGUGACAACAGCUUGCUUUAAGUUUAUGUAUAGAUAUGUAAAUCAGAUAGAUAGGUAUUUAUACAAGAUUAAAUCUUGCAACAUGCUAAUACGGUAUUCCCUGACUUUCACCUGUCAACAUUUGCAUCAACUCGUAUGUUCAUGAUGCAGUAUUGUAUAUGGUAAUGGCAACCUCUUGUCCCCACAAACUGAGUUUAUUGCUGUAUCAGCAGAACAGGGGACUAGCCAUAGUCAUGUCAUAGACUAGAACACUGACAGAUCUGUCUAAAAUGUAAUUAUGUUGGUUAUUCAAUAGUUAUACCCACAUUGUUGUAGGUGUCUGAUUCCACAGUUAGGUCAUGAGUCCUCCCAGGUGAAGCUGAGGUGAUCUCACAACCCAAACUGUAGUGAUAUCUAAGACCACAGAGAAUUAAUUUCUUGUUUCUCAUUAACACCCAACCCUAAUUUUUAAAACAUUUUUUUGCACUGGUAAAUUUUCAUGUAUAAAGCCGGCAGACUUCAGAAAUCCAUCUCAGCUUCCAGCAUUCCAAGUUUUCGACUAACAUUGUAGAGAAAAUAAGAAAAAAGAAUAUUCAAACUAAGAAUAAAAUUUUCCCUACCUACACAUUUAUUUAAAAAAACAAGGGGUGAGAAACAAGAAAUUAUUUUAUGUGGCCUAAGGAUGCACUGAAGCAGCGAGAUUAUGACCGACUGCUUGCAAUGAACCUAAUCACAAUGAAUUCAUUUCGGGACACCUACAUGACCCUGUGAGAGACAUCGUAUUUUUCAAUACCCCAGUCCCGGUUGUUGUGGUAUAAAAUUGGUUGUGCAAUCGUGUCAUUUGAAAUAUAUAUUCACAGCAUCAGUAUCAUUGAUAUCACAGUCUAAGUGACAUGAUAUGAUAAACAGUGGCAUGUGUCAAUCUCAAUAAACCCAGUGAAGUAAAACCAGAUACAUUUACAGAACAGGACCUUCAUCCAUUGCAGUGUUUUACAAGCUUCUUUGUUCCACUUGUGAUGUAAUAAUGGAUUGUGUUUGCUUGAUUUGUGACAUUGUAAAAACAAUGGUUGUACUUGAAAUUUCUGUUUAUUUUACAAACAGCUUAUUGCGAAAUUAAAAAUUAACAAUUGUGAGUACUUGGGAAUAGACUUUCAAAAUAAUUUACAGUAAAACACCUUCAUACUUGAGAACUUUACUUAAAAGAAAUUUUCACAUUUUUAUUUUUAUUAAUGCCUUUCAAAAACUACAUUUUUUAUUGUCAAAACAGACUGGAUUUGUUUGGCUGUACAUACAUUUUAGUUGCCUUAUGAAGUAAUUAUGGAAGUCUGAACAAAAUCAGAGAUCCAUCUUUUUUAUCACAAUAAAACAUCCCUAUAGAGUCUGCCCAAACAUUCAUGUAAAAAAAAAGAUUGUUGACAGUUCAUGUUCACAGAUACCUUGAUCUGUUCAUCAAGGCAAUGCAACCCACCUCCACUGUUUUUCUAAUGAAUUACGUAAUGCAUCCCAAUUGUGCUAUUUUUAAGAAUAUGCAAAAAGCUGCUAACACGUUCAGACACUGUGUUAGGUUCAACUAUUGUUUCGACUAUGGUGUAGAGAAACUUUUGCCAUCUCACUUACACUGUAAGGUUGGCUGUUGAUCAUGGUGAACUAUAUGCUUGGGUUUUGAUAGGAAUCAUUUAUGGGAACUGGUUUGUGAGGGAUUUCUUUCAGAUGUAAUAAUAUUACUUGUUGCUUGGAUUCUGGUGAAGUCUGCGUGGGGCUUGGUAUAUCAAAUGUAAAUAGGUGCUUCAUUAUUAGCUGGGGGGCGAUUCCUUAUACUACAGUAAUAUAAGGUUACAACAGAAAUUCUUCUAAUUCACACACAGUUCCAAAUAUAUGGGUAAUGACAUGCUCCUAGCCAGAUGAGUACAUGUUUAGUGUCUGCCUUCAAUGUGUAUUAUAUGUGCCAUAUUUUUGCAACAUGUUGGAGCACAGAUGGCCCUUUUGUCAAAGGUGCUGCAAUUUGCUGUGCACAGUUGUGUCCUUUAGGUCCUCCAGAAUCCCAUAUUCGGCGAAUCUAAUUCCCGAUUCGCCCUGAUUAUGUUUUAGGUUUGUCAGCAGCCUGGGAUUACCUGAAAUGGUAAAUUUCCAAAACCUGCAUCACUUCGGGCUGUCCUCGGAUGUCCAGCUGACGCCAUAUGAUAUUACUCUCUCAAACGAUCAUGAUGAUCCCUUCUAUCAAUGCCGCUGUUGUACGCAUGUUAAAGUGUACUAUAUAUGUAUAAAGUGUACAACGAAUCCUGCAGCUAUGAUUUUAACAUCAGAGUAACUGUUGCACUAAGGUGAUACAUAUUACUACAAAAAAAGUUAGGACCACUUGUUCAAUCUUCCAUAGCCUGAGAAAUGUAUACUAACAAAACAGAUUAAGAAACACUUGAUUCUUUCCUACUAUGGGGUGGUGGGGUAGUCUGGUGCUUAAAGCAUUGGCUCAUCCGCCCAACACCCAGGUUUGAUCCCCACAUGGGAACAAUGUGUGAAGCCCAUUUCUGGCGUCCCCCCACCGUGAUAUUGCUGAAAUAUUGCUAAAAACGGCGUAAAACCAUACUCUUUCCUACUGUAGUUAAAGCUAUGACAGAUAACUACAGCAAUGAGGAAGAAUCCUGUAUUUGUGUAGUAACUGGUCAUUGUGUCGGAAAGGUUCUAGCCAGUCUCAUUCAGUUCACUUGUUGAGACAGAGAGAUCGAAUCUGAGUAAAAGAUUUUGUUACUGUAAAUUAACAGCUUUCAAUGCAUUCCUGCGUACUGUCACUUGCAGCCAAGUCAUCCAUCAAACUGAUGUAAUUAUUUUGUAUGAUCUGUGUGUGAUGCUUCCUGAGAUCUCCGUGGAUGUACUUACAAUCAGCUGGUGCAGAUGGUACACUCUGUUACCACGUGUGUCCCCCCUCACCAACUUCUGUGACAACAACUUCUUUAGAAUGGCAAACACCGAGCAACCUUGUUCUGUUGCAUGCAGUGAAAGAUUGGAAAUCAUAUAGAUAUAUAUUUGUGCCAAAUAGGAAUAAAAGUGAUCCAAUGUAAAA